UCGCGCGCUGACGUCGCGGGACCCGCAUAACAUGGCGACGACGGGGGUCGGCGUGUGACAGGCGCAUGGGCAGCAGCAGCAACACCAACAUCACCAACAGCAUCAGCAUCCUCUCGGUGUCGAGGUCCUCAACAGCGAUACAAUCUCACGUGUCCACGAGCUGCAGGGCGGUCAGCUUCCAUAGUUCUACUCGCGACGGCUUCUCUGCUCUGCGUUCCAUUGAGGACACGUGGCCAUCAAGCGCAACUGGUCUGUGCUGCCACGUUUGUUUUAAGACGUCGCUGGAGGGCUGACGUUACCAUAGCGCAGUGGAGGGGCAGGAGCCAAUGGGAAAGCGAGGUGGACCCAGAACCUCUCUUCAUUUUGGCGUGACUUUCCCAUAUCCUGCAAGAACAGUGGACCAAAAAGACAAGCAAAUUAAGCAGAGCACGGCAUGAGCUCAUCUGUCUGCAUGGAACAGGCCCCACUCCUCAAAGUCCCAGCCAUGCUUGGCACGUCGGGGCCAGCGCAUCUCUCGUCGCCGGGCUUUGGCGACGACACGCAGACCGCCCUCCCUGCAGCGCCCAAAGGUGGUGUCGGUGGCCUGGUGUACGGCUCGAUGCAGCAGAACACGGGGCCUCCAACAUCUGGCGCUCGCCUCGGGGCCCCCGUCCCAUCCGUGGUCGACUUCUACGCCGGCAAGAACGUGAUGGUGACGGGCGCCACGGGGUUUCUGGGCAAGGUGCUGGUGGAGAAGAUUCUGCGCUCGUGCCCCAUGCUGGGGUCGCUGUACGUGCUGGUGAGGCCGAAGGAAGGGCAGAGCCCCGAGGAGCGCAUCAAGCUCAUGACCUGCUGCAAGCUCUUCGACCGCCUGCGGCAGGAGCAGCCUGAAUUCGAGGCUAAGAUCAUCCCGGUGGACAGCGAACUGACGCAGCCCAAGCUGGGAAUCUCAACUGCAGAUGAGGACCACCUCGUUGCCACCAUCAACGUCAUCUUCCACUGCGCUGCCACCAUCCGCUUCAACGAGCCUCUCAAGCACGCCCUGCAGCUGAACGUCGUCGCAACGCAGCAGCUGCUGGCGCUGGCUCAGCGCAUGCAGCACCUGGAGGUGUUCCUGCACACGAGCACGGCCUACGCCAACUGCAACCGCCGAAGCAUCGACGAGGUGGUGUACCCGCCGCCCGUCGACCCGUACAAGCUGCUCGACGCCGUGCAGUGGAUGGAUGAUGGCAUGGUGCGCGACAUCACCGCACGCCUCAUCGGAGACCGGCCCAAUACCUACACGUUCACCAAGGCCCUGGCCGAGUGCAUGGUGCAGCAAGAGAGCAGCAAGAUCAACGUGGCCAUCGUCAGGCCCUCCAUCGUCGGGGCCAGCUGGCAGGAGCCCUUCCCCGGUUGGAUUGACAACUUCAAUGGACCAAGUGGACUCUUCAUUGCUGCGGGCAAGGGCAUCCUGCGCACGAUGCGGGCCAGCAACGACGCAGUGGCCGACCUGGUGCCGGUGGACACGGUGGUGAACGUCAUGCUGGUGGCCGCGUGGUACUCGGCCGUGCACAGGCCAAGGAACACCCUGAUCUGUAACUGCACCACUGGAGAAAUCAACCCCUUUCACUGGGGACAGAUUGAACACCACGUGAUUUCCACGUUCAAGCGGAACCCGCUGGAGCAAGCGGUCCGACGGCCCAACGUGAACCUCACGUCCAACCACCUCAUCAACCAGUACUGGAUCGCCGUGAGCCACAAGGCGCCCGCCUUCCUCUACGACCUGUUUCUCAGAAUGUGUGGCCAGCAGCCCAGGAUGAUGCGCAUUGUGAACCGGCUGCACCGCUCCAUGAUGCUGCUCGAGUACUUCACGAGCCACUCGUGGGUGUGGGGCUCGGACAACCUCACCAUGCUGCUGGGCCAGCUCAGCCCGGAGGACCGCAAGAUGUUCAACUUCGACGUGCGUCAGCUGCACUGGCCCGAGUACAUUGAGAACUACUGCAUGGGGACCAAGAAGUACCUCCUCAACGAGGACAUGUCGGGGCUACCCGCGGCCAGGCAGCACCUCAAAAAGUUGCGCAACAUCCGCUACACGUUCAACACAGCGUUGGUCGUCAUCAUCUGGCGCAUAUUCAUCGCUCGAUCUCAGAUGGCGCGCAACAUCUGGUAUUUUGUCGUCAGCCUCUGCUACAAGUUCCUGUCGUACUUCCGGGCAUCCAGCACCAUCCGCCGCUAGUUUGCAGUGGGCACCGCCCACACACUGGCCCCUUUUUUGGCCUCCCUAUGUAUGCAUCUGUGUUGAACUUCUUUCGCACCGUACGUAGCCAACCGUGCUAAUCGGAGGUGCGGGGGAAGGACAACAAACAUGCCCACAUAGCGACACUCAAACCUACCCCUCUCCCACGUUGACCCCCCCAAGAUAAUACACUCUGGCCGGGCAGGCCCGAGUCUCAUGUACGAACCUGCAGUAAAAAAGCCAUCUGCCACAGAGGCUUCUGUCAACCUUGUGUUCCACCAUCACAGCGAAACAUAAUCCAACAGAGUAAUUUGUUUUCAAGUUGAAAAAAAGCAGCAGUACGCUCCAUACCUCAAUUCGUUUUUUCUUUUCUUUUGUGACGUCGCUACUAAUUUCAAAGUAACAAUUCGAACUGGCCUUUUUGCUGCACGUUUAUGCAAAACUAAAGUGUGUAUGGCUUAGCACUCCCGCAGAGGAGAGAUGUCAUCUUCUCACAGUGGAUGUUGGAUUCGGCCUCGAAAAAAUCCCUUGCGAUUGAGCAAACGCGACACCAUAGCAUCGGCUUCAUCGACGGUUUCGGAUGUUUGCUGUACUCGCUAGCAACUUUGGUUUAGGUGCAUAUGUGAAAAGGUCUGAUGUGUGAAUAUCUACAGAGAAUGACAGUUAACAACCACCAUGCACAAAUAGGUUGCUGGACAAAAGAAAUGGAGCACAAAGCUCCUUCAAUUAUAGGCGAAAUGCUUUACUGUGCUGUAACAGUAAGUGGAUGUGCAUUGGAUUAGGAACAAAUACUGCACUGGGUGUGGGCAAUUAAUUGGUCAGGGUGGAUUAGCAAUGUUCUGAUAUGCGACGGUUGUACCAUUAUUUUUUCAAACAACAAAUGUGUUCCUGCAUUUAAGUGGCUUUCAUAACCUUAACAAUCAAUGUUCAACUUUUUUUUUUAAGUCUUUAGAAUUUGCAGUUUUUUUCCAUGUUGCAUUAUAAAUGACUUUAUAUGCAUUUUUGCUUCAUUAUUUUACGCUUUUUUACCGUUAUUACUCGUAUUGUGAUGUGCCGAAAAGUUAAGGUUUGAUUUACCGUGUAAUUGUGGAAACCCGUAAAUUUUGGCCCCGUCACGGUUUUGUUUUCUCUGUGGCUGCCAAAACCAUCGUCUCUAUUGGGACGACCGAUUUGUAUUGGAAGGUCUUCAACAGCACGUUCGACUGAAUUUAACACGCGUACGUUUUGCAGCUGGGGCGCCACGGUGACGAGAUGUUAACCACCUUGCCUGGUAUGCAGGAGGUCGUGGGUUCGACCCCGACCCUGGCACCAGUAUUUGGAGUUUGCGUAUUCUCCCCGUGGUCGCGUAGAUUUUUCUGUGUCCUCUGGUUUUUCUCCACGUUUAGAAACAUGCGUUUAAAGUAUUUGGCUGCUAUCAAUUUCCACACUUGGUUGAGCUAUCAUUUGUGGCCAGGUCACUUCUGAAGAGCCGUAUAGCUCAAUGGGCCUUAUCUGGUCAAAUAAAAAUAGUAAUAGCUGUUUCAGAAGACAUGCUGAACACACAGCCCAACCUAGAACACGGCACUUGGAUCGCACAGACUGCUUUGUUGGGGUGAAAAGGUGUUCUGUAACCAAUCCCCCUGCGUGUGCUCUCUCGUGCACCGUUAAUGGAAAGAUAAGUGGGUCCACGUGAAAUGCAAGGCCUGCCCUUGACUGGUUAGGCAAGCAAUGGGCCCUGUGUCCUGAGUUUCAUUUCACCAUAUCCCACUCAGGAGGUGUCUACGCAUAUGGAAGAUCAGGGCUACCUUGUAAUAUGAUUGUGCGCCGUAAAAAAAAUUCCCUUCAAGUCAUCAAGUUAAACAUUCGUCACUUGCGAUGCUGCGUUAUUUCGAUUCAUGUAACCGAAGGUGAAAGAAGUCUGUAAAGUUGACAAACACUUAAUUUUUCUUGCCGCACAGUUUAGUCAGUGUGUGUGUGGGGGGGGGUGUAAGGGAUGGGGAAUGUAUACGUAUGUAAGAUUGUCCUAUACUUGGUCUAUUUACAAGUUUGUUCAAUUUACAUUUCUGAUCUUUUAUUAAUGCAUACUUAUAUUCACUUAGAUGCGAGGUCGGCCUCAGUCCCUUUUGCUAUAACUCCCUUGUAAGCAUCGUUAAUGGAAAAAUGAGUGAGAAAAGUAAAUGGUUACACUUUGCAAACACGCUAUGGAUCGACAAAAGCCAGGACUGUAUUCCACUAUGGGUGACAAUAGAAACAGAAGCUAAAAUUGCAUUUGCCAAUAUUUGGUAAAUGCGUCAUUUUUAACUUUAUGCAACAAAGCGUAUGUUAUUGUACCUACUUGUAAAGUCAAUUGUGCACUUUAUUCAAAAACUAAAAAAAGUAGGAGUAGAAUGCUUCGACGUUUCUAUUGCCUUUGUAAUCAGUUACAGUCAUAAUUUAACUUUCAUUCUUACUACAUUUGAAUAGUCUAACUUUGAUUUAACAAAAAUGUUGGUCCCCAAGUAAAAAAAAAGUUUUGGUUUUAAAGCUUUAUUUUUCUAAAUAAUGCACUCUAAAUGCCUAAAAAAAGUACUUGCCUAACAGUUGAUAUACGUGAUGGGAACCCUAUUCAUUGGAAUUGUUUUAGUUGUUUCAUCUGACAGCUUUAGGAAAGCCUAAUGGUUUGGUGUUCCUUAUGAAGAUGUCAACGUCUUGAAUCACCUUUUACACACGCAUUGAUGCAGAAUGGUUAAUCCGAGGUGCCCGUGUGUAUUGAAACGUGUGUUUCACCGUAGCACUUCCUGAUUAACCCCUGAUGGAGACCACUGCUUUUUGGGCCACGUUGUUGCAUAAACAAGAGAGCAUUACAACUUGGAUCCACACGCAAGGUUUUGUACUGCAAAUAUGUAGGAGUAAAGAUUUCCAUAUUGUAACUACUUUCACGCCCCUUUUCAUUCCAAAUAAAGAACCAUUUAUGCAAA